AGAAUAGACAUCAAUUUUACGUCCACGUCGUGACCCACUUGCCCGUGCCCCUGUACAUCGAUCUCGGCCCUGAUCCGUUGAGCCAUGCAGAGGCUGCCAGCACCGGGCGAGGCGGGCCAGCCGCGCCCGCAGAGGGCGAGGACGGGUGGUGGUGGGCACAACGGCAGUGGAGAGCAAGGCAGCGUUCGAGACGAGCUUCGGGCAGUUCAGCGCUUGGCGCUCUCCCUGGACUACCAGGUGCGCGAGCUCGGAGGGGUGGUAUUCGACACCUGUCUCAUCGUCAAGGCGGCGAGUCUCCCGAGCGCGAUGGUCGAGGCGGGGCAGACGUACAACACGGAGGUGAGCAGGCAGAAGAAGGGACACGGGCUGGGCGCGCCUUUCCCGCACAUCGUAGUGGCGAUGCUGGAGGCGGCGCAACGGCUCGACCUGGGCGAGAAGGACAACGCUAUCGUCCAGGAUACGUGCUCAGAGUGCUUGAAGGGACAGUUGAACACAGCGGAGAUUUUCGGGGCAUGCAAGGCGAAGGUGACGGCGCAGGGCAAGUCGGAGGCGCAGGGCAAGGCCGUGAUCAAGCUCGCCGUGAAGACGACGGCGGCCGUGCCCAAGUCCCAGGCUCAGGGAGACGUGUGGCACGGCGUGGAGAUCAGGGCCGCCGUGAUGGGCGCUCUGAAGAAGGAGGGAGCAGUGUUCCAGGUGGGGCCGGCCCCGCGCGCCGACCUGGCACGCGUCGUGCAGCAGCACGUGGGGUGAGCGUGAGUGAGCGGAGUAGGGGGAACGGGACGUGCGUGGUAGGGACAGCCUCCUCCUCUUUUGAGCCUCCUCCUUCCCCCCCUCAUGUAGAUGAGGAAUUGUACGAGCGAGUUCGGAGUUUGGCGAAUUCAGGGAGUGUCCGAGCAGCACAGCUGCUCGCUCGAAUGCGCCCUCCCCCCCGUGCGCCUUAGUUUGGGUAGCGGGGGGGUCGAGAGUCGGUACGCCUUGCACGUAGGGGCAGGCCUGCCCUCGAGGUAGGUCGUCGCUCGUCCCCCUGCCCUCGGGCUGCUUGGCGGUUCCUGGCCCUGGUGGCUCCGUCUAGCAGACUCUGAGGGGAGAGGGACUGGCUGCGGGUUGCCUCAGUUUGGAGGGCGGUUUCGCCCUGUGCACGGCCGCGGUUGAACAGUACGAGUUUUUUCGGACUGAGCCUAGGACCAAGGAAUAGAGGAGAAGUUUUUAGUCAAGGGUUGCAGACAGUGGCGGUUGACAGGUCCCGAAGGUAGAUUCCAGUAUUCCAGAUUC